UAGCCGGAAGCAACCGGGAUUGCGAUUGCGAGUGACCCCGGUGGGAAACUGGGACUGUCAGGUUGCGUGGUUCGUCGGUAGUGAGCGGAGGAGCAGCAGGUUGUCGUUAGGAGCCCGGGGAGGAUUACUCGGGUUGUCCGCUCUCUGGGGUCUGUCGUGUUCUGGACUACACUUUCCAGAGGCCUCCGGGUGUAACGUCACUUCCUUCUAAGGUGGUCAGCUCCGUAGUGCUGGAGCGAGUGGAACAGCGCGGCGACCGAGGCCAUUGGUUUCUUCCGGGACUGGGGGAUGUGAGCCUGACGCUGGGGAAGCUGAAGGACUGCACUUCUCCAUGAGAAGAAGCCAGAGGAGGACUCAUAAAUUGAAAUUCUAAGCCAUGCCUUGUAGGUUGGUGUUGUUCAAGGAUGUGGCCAUAGACUUCUCUCAGGAGGAGUGGGAAUGCCUGGACUUGGAACAGAAGGAUUUGUACAGAGAUGUGAUGUUGGAAAACUAUAACAAUCUGGUCUCACUGGCAGGAUUUUCCAUUUCUAAGACAGAUGUACUUUCCUUAUUGAAACAAGGGAAAGAGCCCUGGAAGGUUGUACAGGAUGUGACAAGAAGUCAGAGUUCAGCCUGGGAAUCCAGAUGUGAGACCAAAAAGCUGUUCUCAACAAAAGGAAUUUAUGAAAUAGAAUCAUCUCAGUGGGAGAUCAUAGAACAGCUUACAAGACUUAAGUGUGAUUGUAAAAGUCUUCAAGAUGAUAGGGAAUGCAAAGACCAGUUUGAAAACCAAUUGGGAAAUAAAGAGGGAUUUUUCAAGCAACUACUAAUCACUUGUAAAGGAAUCCCCAAUUUUAGCCAGACUGUAUCCCUUAUGUUAAAACAAAGAAUUAAUUUUCCUGAGAAAUCCUAUGAAUGUGAAGCAUGCAGAAAAUACUUUAUCCAUGGCUUUCAACUGACUGAACAUCAGAAAGAUCAUUCUGAUGAAAAAUUCUAUGAAUGUAAAGAAUGUGGACAGGCCUUUAUUCGGGGUUCAGAACUUACUUACCAUCAGCGAGUUCAUGUUGUUAAGAAACCCUAUGAAUGUAAGGAAUGUGGAAAAGCCUUUAUUUGUGCCUCACAGCUUACUUAUCAUCAAAGAAUUCAUACUGGGGAGAAACCUUAUAAAUGUAAAGAGUGUGGGAAGGCCUUUAUUCGUGGCUCUCACCUUACCCAGCAUCAAAGAAUUCAUACUGGUGAACGACCCUAUGAAUGUAAUGAAUGUGGGAAGGCCUUUUUUCGUGGCUCUCAACUUACUUACCACCAGAGAGUUCAUACUGCAGAGAAACCCUAUCAAUGUAAAGAAUGUGGAAAGGCCUUUAUUCGUGGCUCCCAACUUACUGAACAUCAGAGAAUUCAUACGGGUGAGAAACCCUACGAAUGUAAGAAAUGUGGGAAAGCCUUUAGUUAUGGAUCACAGCUUACCCUGCAUCACAGACUUCAUACUGGUGAAAAGCCCUAUAAAUGUAAAGACUGUGAAAUGUCCUUUAUUCGUGGCUCACAACUUACCGAACAUCAGAGGAUUCAUACAGGUAAGAGACCACAUGAAUGUAAGCAGUGUGGGAAGGCUUUUAACUAUGGCUCACAGCUUAUUCGACACCAGAGGAUUCACACUGGAGAGAAACCCUAUGAAUGUCAAGAAUGUGGGAAGUCAUUUAUUCGUGGCUCACAACUUACUGAACAUCAAAAAAUUCACACUGGUGAAAAACCUUUUGAAUGUAACGAAUGUGGGAAAGCCUUUAUUCGUGGCUCACAUCUUACUCAGCAUCAGAGGAUUCAUACUGGUGAAAAACCCUAUGAAUGUAAAGAGUGUGGGAAGGCCUUUAUUUAUAGCUCACAACUGACUCAGCAUCAGAGAAUUCAUACAGGUGAGAAUCCCUAUGAAUGUAAGCAGUGUGGGAAGAUCUUUAUUUGUGCCUCACAACUUACUCUACAUCAGAUUUCUCAUUCUGGUAAGAAGCCAUAUGAAUGUAAAGAAUGUGGUAAGGCUUUUAUUCGUGGCUCACAGCUGACUUACCAUCAGAGAGUUCAUACUGGUGAGAAGCCCUAUGAGUGUAAUGAAUGUGGGAAAGCCUUUAUUCGUGGUUCACAUCUUACUCAGCACCAGAGAAUUCAUACUGGUGAGAAACCAUACAAAUGUAAUGAAUGUGGGAAGGCCUUUAAUCGUGGCUCACAACUUACUCAACAUCAGAGAAUUCAUUCUGGUGAGAAGCCUUAUAAAUGUAACGAAUGUGGUAAGGACUUCAGACGUCAUUCACACCUCACUCAACAUCAUAAACUUCAUAAUUGAGAAAAACUUUAUGAAAAUAUAAAUUUAUUAAAUCCUUUGAUUGCUCAUUGAUACUCAGCUUUGGAAUAUCAGAAAAUUCAGAUUAUGAAAGUGGGAAUCCUUUUUUACUUUCAUCCAUAGGUAACUCUAUCAGAAAAUUCAAACAGAGAGAGGCUAGUGUAAUAUAAUGGAGAAUCAGUUUCCAUCAUUUUUCAAUGAAAAUUAGACAUUGGUUAGACAUUGGUGAAUUUAUACAAGAGCACAACCAUAAAAUGUAGGGUUUUCUUGUUUGGCAUCAUUCUCUUGUUCAGCAUGAUCUGAACUCCACCAUUUACUACACAUGUAUUCCUUUGGAAAAAGCUAGUUAACCCCUGUUUGCUUUAGUUUUUUCACUUAUAAAACAUUAAAAUCACUCUCAUUAUAACGAUUUAAAGAUGCAAAUACAUAAAGAGCCUUAAAGCAAUGUGUAAUACAUAGUUUAUAUUAAAUAAAUAUUAGUUAUUACUGUAAUUGUGUUUUUCAGUAUUUUAAAAUUGUUUCCUUCUGGGCUCAAGAAUCAUCUUAUUUUUUUUUAAUUGAAGUAUAGUUGACAUACAAUGUUAUUUUAGUUUCAGGUAUAUAUCAUAGUGAUUUGACAAUUCUGUACUUUACUCAAUACUGACCAAAAUAAGUGUCAUUACCAUCUGUCACAAUACCACAUUAUUGCAGUAUUAUUGACUAUACUCCAUAUGCUGUACUUUUCAUCCCUAUGAUUUGUUUAUUUAAUUAAUUUAUUGAUAGAUUGAUUUUAUAACUGGAAGUUUGUACCUCUUAAUCCCCUUCACGUAUUUCAUCCAUCUUCCAAGCCCCCUCCCCUCUGGCAACCACCAGUUCUCUGUAUUUAUGAUUAUAUUUCUAUUUUUGUGUUUUAGAUCCCAGAUUAAGUGAAAUCAGAUGGUAUUUGUCUUUCUCUGACUUAUUUCACUCAGCAUAAUGUCCUUUAAGUCUAUCCAUAUUGUUGCAAAUGGCAAGAUCUCAUUUUUUUAUAGCUGAGUAAUAUUACAUUGUAUAUACAUACUACAUCUUCUUUAUUUAUUCACCUGUUGAUGGAUAUUUAGGUUGCUUCCAUAUCUUAGCUAUUGUAAAUAAUGCAAUAAACAUUGGGGUGCAUAUAUCUUUUCAAAUUAGUGUUUUCAUUUCCUUUGGGUAAAUACUGAAGUAGUGGAAUUACUAGAUAGUAUGGUAUUUCUAUUUUUAAUUUUUUGAGGAAACUUCAUGUUUUCCACAGUGGUUGCAUCAAUUUACAUUCCCACCAACAGUGCAGGGGGGUUUCCUUUUUUCAGUAUUUUAAUUGUGUACUAUUAUAGAAUUCAAAUGAGAGGAAGACUUUUCAAAUACAGUACAUAAGGUAAAUCUUUUAUCAUUCUUACUAAUCAUCAGAUAAAUGAUUUUGGAGCAGAACAUCCUCAUAUAAUUAAUGUGAGGUUGUACCUCAUUCUGAACAUUAAAAUUCUUACUAGAAGGAAACCUUAAGGAAAAAAAUAAGUUUUUAGGUGUUACAAAUGAAGCUAUUUAUGAACAUUUGUGUAUAGAUUUUUAUGUGAAUGUAAAUUUCCAUUUCUCUGGUAUAAAUGCCUAAGAGUACAAUUUCUUGGUCUUACACUAAAGUCACGUUUUCUCAUACAAGAAAUGGACAAAGUAUUUUCUAAAAUUGCUUUACCAUUUUACAUUUACACCAGGAGCAUAUGAGUAACCCAGUGUUUCAGCAUUUGGUGUUGUCAUCACUUUUUGUUUUAGCCCUCAUGUUAGGUAUGGUGAUGUCUCUUUGUGGUCUUAAUAUGAAUUUCCCUAAUGGCUAAUGAUGGUGAACACCUUUUCAUGUGCUUGUCAUCUGUAUAUCUGUUUUGGUGAAAUGCCUGUUUGUGUCUUUUAGUCAUUUUUGAAUUGUUUUAUUUUUCACUCCUAGGUUUUGAAAGAGUAUUUUCUGUAUUCUAGAUGAUAGUAGUCCUUUGUUAUGUGGUUUGCAAAUAUUUUUCCAGGUGCGUAGCUUAUCUUUUUUUCCUUUUUUUUUUUUAAGGGUUUUUGUUUGUUUAUUUGUUUUGAGAGAGACAGAGUGUGUGUGUGUGUGCAAGCAGGGGAGGAACAGAGAGAGAGGAGACACAGAAUCCUAAGCAGGCUCAGCACUAUCAGUGCAGAGCCCCACGUGGGGCUUGAUCCUGCAAACCAUGAGAUCAUGACCUGAGCCAAUGUCGAGAGUCAGACACUUAACCGACUGAGCCACUCAGGCACCGCUUUAAGAGGGUCUUUUGAAGAGCAAAAGUUGUCAAUUUUGAUAAGGUCUGCUUUACCAGUUUUUCCUUUUAUGGAUCUUGCUUUGCUGUCAAAUCUAAGGAUUCUUUGUCUAGCCCAGAUCCUGAAGACUUUUUUCCUAUGUUUUUGCAUAAAUUUUUCAUGAUUUUGUGUUUUACACAUAAGUCUGUGAUACAUUUUGAGUUAACUUUUCAUGUAUAUUGUAUGCUUUAGCUUGGUGUUCUUUCUUAAUUUGUUUUGGCUUAUGGAUGUCCAUUUACUUUAGCACCAUUUGCUGAAAAGUCUGUGUUUCCUCCAUUAAAUUGCCUUUGUACCUCUGUCAAAAAUCUAUUGAAUGUAUUUGUGUAUAUCUUACCUCUGGGUUUUCUCUUCUAUUCCAUUGAUCUAUGUAUCUAUCCCUCUGCCAAUAUUACACUGCCUUGAUUAUUGUCAUUUUAUAGGAUGUGUUUUCUUUUUUAUUUUAGAGAGUGUAUGAGCAGGGUGGGGAGCAGAUGGAGAGAGAGUGAAUCUUAAGCAGGCUCCGUGCUCAGUGUGGAGCCCAACACGGGGCUUGAUCCUAUGACCUGGGAUCAUGAACUGAGCCGAAAUCAAGAGUCAGAAGCUUAACCAGCUGAGCCACCCAGGUGCCUCUAUAGGAUGUCUCAUGAAAAAUAUUUUUAUAAUGAUGUAAAAGUAAUAUAGCAUGUGCUACCUUAAAACGAUUUGUCUUGAAUCCUUUUACUAAGGACCAUAUCUCUGUGUUAAGUUAAUUCCACAGAUAAUAUGUUAGCCUAAAAUUUCCUGUAGUAAUUUCAAGUAAUGCUAGAACUCAGAUGAUAUUAGAAAGAAAGACUGUAUGAUCAAACAAGCCUGUAAAUCAUGGCAUAUUUCACAUCACUUUUUUUAAUAUAAUUUAUUGUCAGAUUGACUUAUAUACAACACCCAAUGCUCAUCCCAACAAGUGCCCUCCUCAAUGCCUAUCACCCAUUUUCCCUCUGCCCCCACCCCUGUCCAUCCUCAGUUUGUUCCCUGUAUUUAAGAGUCUCUUGUAGUUUGCCUCCCUCCCUCUCUGUUUGUAACUUUUUUUUUUCUCCUUCCCUUCCCCCAUGGUCUUCUGUUAAGUUUCUCAAGGUCUUUUUGAAACAAUAAGUUCAUUUUAUUUCAUCAGGGCUGUAAUAAAUAUUGUAGUAAAGCAGCUUUUUAAAACUUCAACUCAUCAUGUGCCAAACUUACUUGACCAUAAAUCCCUUCUUAUAAUGCCUAUUAAUAUCUUUUGCAUGUGAACUAUUUUUGUAAACACUGCUCUAGCUGAAAGAAAUAAUCUCAGGGGUGGAAAUUCUAAAACAUUAUAGCUUGAGGCCCACUAAGUUUAUGAGAGAGCAAGUUGCUUUCUCUGUAAACCAGUCACAUUCUUCUUCUACAUAUGGGACCCUUGUCCUUUUAAAAAAGGGAAAUCCCUCUAUGUAAUGAUCUUCCUUCACAGUCCUUUCUUACUCUUCCCUAUACCCCACUUCUUAGUUCAACUUAAUGAGAUAUUGAAAACAAAAAACAAGAAAACAGGUUUGUGGGAUUUUAGAAGCAUGGUAAUAAAAUAAAUGGCUUUAUCACUGAUAUAUCUAGUCCAUAAAUCAAGCUUUCAGAAUUAGAGGUUGUUUUUUUUAAGGUAAAUGGUAUAACAAAUAGAAGAAUAAAGAUGGUCAAGUGGACCAUGGUGCCAUUACUUUGUUCUCUACUUCUAAUGGUUUUUUACUUAUUCUCAAAAGAAAUGUUAGAAAUUAAACUUAUAUUUUUAUGUAGUUUUUCUUAUCAUAUUGGACUGAAUUGCCUUCUGAAAUUACAUAACGCAAUGACCUCCAAAAUGAGAAAUUAUAGCAAAUAUACAUAAAGGAAAAAGAAAAUAUGGCUUCCUAAACUAACAUGUUAGAAGCUUCAUUAAUACUUUUCUGUAGCUUUCUGUAUGCUGAAAUGUACAUGUUUAUACAUGGUUCUUUUUUUCAUGGUUGUUUGUGGAUAUUUAUAUAUUUAAAAAGGAUCACUAUAUGGACAUCAAA